AUGCCAGACUCGGAGCGUACUUCCAAUGAACUGACGGAAUCUGACGAAGAGUACCGACUACUAGACACCAGCGGUCAUCCCGGAACCUCAGUGGACCAUCUGCCCCUCCCAACACCAGCCAUGGGCUCUGGCAGCGCCGAGAAAUCCGAAGGACGCCGGGGGGACAAACUCUUUAAAUAUGGGGCACUUGCUUCCAUACUGGUCUUCGUAUGCAUUACUUGGUUUAUAGUGUUCACUAACGACCCUACAUCACUGGGAUGGUUUUCUGUCCACCCGGUACUUCAGAGCUUAGGAAUUGGCUGCUUCACAUAUGGGAUCCUGACCCUCCAGCCAACCGCACACCCAAAAACUAAAGCAUCUGGUCUGCGACGACACCAGAGGACAAUGCUUGCUGUCGGCGUGCCAUGCAUCGCCUUGGGCACCCUAGCGAUUGAAAUUCAGAAAUUCAACCGAGGACACAAACAUUUCGCGACGUGGCAUGGGGUAUAUUUAUUGAUCUUCUCGUCUUUCUCAUCUCUUACUAUCCUGUCACAGGUUUUCGGACUUGUUUCGGUCGUGUGGCUCAUGGGACAGGUAAUCCUUGGCGGUGGAAGUGUGUGGUUCGGAGGUGCCGCAUUUGGAGGCGGUAUGAAGGCCAAGAUGAUAUGGAAAUACCACAGGCUGUCUGGCUACAUCCUAUUCCCUCUUCUCCUAAUCACAGCUCACCUUGGCGGUGCAUGGUCCACGUGGGUGACAUCUCAUAGCUACCUGGUAGUGAGGUUUGUGGCAUAUACCGUUGCGCCGAUAGCUGCACUUGUGGCUAUCUACGCACGUGUCAGGACAUCCAAAAUGAAAUUCUUCUGA